GUAAACCCGCCAAUUUAAUCCAAAACUUCUAAAGGUCCGUUUGGCAAACCUCCACAUCCUCAUUUCAAUUCAAUGUCAUCCUCUUUCUCCUUCACACCUUUCUCUCUCCUCCCCAAACCCAACCCAACUCGUUCACACUCACACCCCAUAAAAUUCUCCCUUUCUCAACCACAACCACAACCACCACCCAACCCAAAACCCCCAAAAAACCCAAAAUUCAAGUCAUGGGUUAGCCCAGAUUGGCUGACUUCACUAACUCGGACUCUAACCUUCAACCAAGAUGAUUCGGGUAUACCCAUUGCAAGUGCUAAGCUUGAAGAUGUGUCAGAGCUUCUUGGUGGGGCCCUUUUUCUUCCCCUUUUUAAAUGGAUGAAUGCAUAUGGACCCAUUUAUCGUUUGGCUGCUGGGCCCCGCAAUUUUGUGAUUGUUAGUGACCCUGCCAUUGCUAAGUAUGUUUUGAGGAAUUAUGGUACCAAGUAUGCUAAGGGUCUUGUUGCUGAAGUUUCUGAGUUUCUCUUUGGUUCUGGUUUCGCAAUUGCUGAAGGCCCUCUGUGGACGGCGAGGCGCAGGGCUGUUGUUCCAUCACUCCACAAGAAGUAUCUCUCUGUAAUAGUUGAAAGGGUAUUUUGCAAAUGUACUGAAAGGAUGGUGGAGAAGCUGAAAGCCAGUGCAGCCAACGGUACUGCUGUGAACAUGGAAGCUGUUUUUUCACAACUUACACUUGAUGUCAUUGGCCUAUCAUUGUUCAAUUACAACUUUGAUGCGCUUACCACUGAUACUCCUGUAAUCGAUGCUGUUUACACUGCACUGAAAGAGGCAGAGGCUCGUUCCACUGAUAUCUUACCUUAUUGGAAGAUUAACGCCUUGUGUAAAGUUAUUCCGAGACAAAUAAAAGCCGAGAAAGCAGUUGAGAUCAUCAGAGAAACUGUUGAACAACUUAUUGCAAAAUGUAAAGAGAUUGUGGAAGCUGAAGGUGAAAUGAUAGAUAAUGAAGAAUAUGUCAAUGAUGCAGAUCCAAGUAUACUACGUUUCUUGCUGGCUAGCAGGGAGGAGGUCUCAAGCAAACAAUUGCGUGAUGACCUCUUGUCAAUGCUAGUUGCUGGGCAUGAAACUACUGGUUCUGUGUUAACGUGGACAGUGUAUCUUCUUAGUAAGAAUCCUUCUUCUUUGUCAAAAGCGAAGGACGAAGUUGACAGAAUUCUACAGGGAAGGCUUCCUUCAUAUGAAGACACUAAAGAACUCAAAUAUGUGACACGUUGCAUUGCAGAGUCGAUGCGUCUGUAUCCCCAUCCUCCAGUUUUACUGAGAAGAGCUCAAAUUGCCGACACACUUCCUGGAGAUUACAAGGUCAAUCCUGGUCAAGAUAUUAUGAUAUCAGUAUAUAAUAUCCAUCAUUCUUCCCAGGUGUGGGAAAGGGCUGAAGAGUUUAUUCCAGAAAGGUUUGAUUUGGAGAGUCCAGUUCCUAAUGAAUCAAAUACUGAUUACAGGUAUAUACCAUUUAGUGGAGGGCCUCGUAAGUGUGUAGGAGACCAGUUUGCUUUAUUGGAAGCAAUUGUAGCUCUUGCAAUCCUUCUUCAGAAUAUGGAUUUUGAGUUGGUCCCAGAUCAGGAUAUUACUAUGACUACUGGAGCAACUAUUCAUACGACAAAUGGUUUGUACAUGAAACUAUCAGAACGUGCAAGAGAACCUCAAUUUGCUACAUGAUUUGUAGGUGCCAGUUUCCUGAUUUUCUUCUUAGUUCCUUGCUGAUGGGAUGUUCGAUUCAUGUUAAGGGACUAAAGGAGGAGUAUAAUUGUUCUACAACUCGGGAUAGAAGUGAUGUUCUGCCUCUGUGUCCACUGUCCAAGCCUCUAGGACAGAGUUAGUAGCUCCAAAUUCUCAGUCACUGCUGCAAAGCAGAGUAAUUUCAGUACUGGCUGCUGAAGCAGUGAUAUUACAGCGCACGAACUGGGUAAUAAAUUGCUAAUAGUUAUAAGAUUCUUGUACGCAUUUUGAUUGUGUAGUAGUUAAGCCUUAAUAAUACAUUUGUAUCCCCAGUUCCAAAGAAGGGGGAGAAAGAAAAGCAUGUUUUGAGAUUUCUCUGAAGCUUGCUUUACCCUGUAACAAGAUGUAAAUGAUAUCUACACGGACACACGGUUACACCUUUUAUCA